UCUGCGGAGGGCGGGGCCGUCGGUUCCCGUCAGCCUUUGCGCGGGGGCGACGGCGGCGGCAUGUCGGUGGCGUUCGUGCCGGAGCGGCUGCGCGGGAAGGCGGAGGUGAACCAGGAGACGCUGCAGCGGUUGCUGGAGGAGAACGACCAGCUGAUCCGGUGCAUCGUGGAGUACCAGAGCAAGGGCCGGGCCACCGACUGCGUGCAGUACCAGCAUAUCCUGCAUAGAAACCUCAUUUAUUUAGCUACAAUUGCUGAUGCAACGCCCCCCAGCACGCAGAAGACUGUAGACUGACUGCAUGUACCCGGAUACGAGCAGUGAUGCUUUACCAGUCUGUAGAAAUACUUAGUUUAGAGUUCCACUUUGAGAGCUGAGGAGGACUGGUCUUGAAAGGCAGGUAAAGAGUCAUCCAUCCCUUUUAAGUUAAAGAUGUAAAAUGUGAAUGUAGUUUUUGAUGUAACAUAAGGCUAGGUUUUUCCCCAUUACUGUAAGCAGAACUCAAGGGUGUAUUUAGCACACUUCUUUUCCCCCUGAAAAACUCCAUGCAGUAUCCUUCUGAAAACAGCCUGGUUGCCAGGACAGCAGGACCAGAGGUGCCUUCGGAGGACUCUUGUAUUCGUGACUAAGGUUGUGUAAUAAUAAGCGUUUAGCUAGGUAACUUCUACCUCCAACAUGGCAAAGUCAGUCAUACGUUACCCUAUAUACACAUAAGCAGUAGACCAUUUUGUAUCAUAGAAAUUGUGCUUAAUAAACUAAGAUGUUCUUUAUAAAUUAUA